AUGCUUCGUGAAAGUCAAAUGCAAAAGACAAUUGUUGCAUUACAAAACGGAGAUGUUUCUAGUGGGCGUGGCUUAAAUCAAGAAACAACAUUGAAAAGGGCAGGUGAUACUCGAUGGGGCUCACAUUAUGGUACAAUACUUAGCUUGAUUUCUAUUUUUUCUUCCAUGGUAGAAGUUCUUGAAGUGAUUGAGGAAGAUGGAAAUAAUCCUGAACAAAGAGCUGAAGCAUGUCAAUUAUUGAAUCAUACUCAAUCUUUUGAAUUUGUAUUCAAUUUACAUUUGAUGAAAAGUAUAUUAGGAGUUACUAAUGAGUUGUCUCAAACUCUACAAAGAAGUGAUCAAGACAUUAUAAAUGCUAUGACAUUGGUUAAAGUGUCCAAGCAACGAUUGCAAAGUAUAAGAGAUGAUAGUUGGUCCUAUUUGCUCAAUGAAGUUUCACUAUUUUGUGAUAGUCACAAUAUUCUUGUUCCAAAUAUGAAUGACAUAUUUGUAACACAAGGAAGAGCAAGGCGCAAAAUCCAAAAGGUCUCAAACUUGCAUCAUUUUCAAGUUGAAUUAUUUUAUCAAGUGGUUGAUAGACAACUUCAAGAGCUCAACAAUCGUUUUACAGAGGUAAAUACCGAGCUACUUCUUUAUAUAGCUUGUUUGAAUCCAAGUGACUCGUUUUUUGCAUUUGAUAAGGAGAAGUUGCUUCGUUUAGCUGAAUUUUAUCCACAUGAAUUCUCUUCUACUCAACUUUUGGCACUUGAUAGUCAACUUGAGAACUUUAUAUUGGAUAUGUGUCUUGAUGAUCAAUUCUCAAAUAUAAAUAGAAUCAGUGGACUAUCUCAAAAGUUAGUUGAGACAAAAAAGCAUGUUGUUUAUCCAUUGGUGUUUCUUCUAUUGAAAUUAGCUUUGAUUCUACCUGUGGCAAUGGCAUCAGUUGAGAGAACAUUUUCUGCUAUGAAUAUCAUAAAGAGUCGACUUCGUAAUCGAAUGGGAGAUGAGUGGUUGAAUGAUUGUUUGGUUACAUAUAUAGAAAGAGAGACAUUCAAUCAAGUUGAUAAUGAAACAAUUAUUCAACAUUUUCAAAAUAUGAAAACAAGAAGAGAAGUACCUUCAAGAUUUGAAGCGAAGAAAGUUAGCGGCUAA